GUCUGUGGGCUUGCAUUAAAUGCCCUGCUCUGGGUAUUUGUGUAAAUUCAAUUACUUAUGGGUUUUCUUUUUCUUUACAUCACCAUCACCAACACCAACACCACACCAUCAGUAAAACAAAAAGACGAAAGGGGAGAACGGGAAAAACGAGGAGAAAGAGAGAGCAGGGGGGGAUUGAUUGGGGUGGGGGGUUUGGAAAUUUUGGAAAACGAUCUAUGGCAUCUUUUAUUACAGCAGCUUUGAGUGGUUCUUCGACAGUAACACGGGUGGCUUCGAUCAAUUUGACGAUGAUCCAAACCCAAUAUCCUCCUCCUCUUUUUCUUCUUCUUGGGGAUCUUCGAUCUGGUGAUGGUUUUUGUUCGAUCCGUACGGGAAGCAAAAACAACAACAACAAUAGGAUGAAGGGGAAGGCGGUGAAAGCAAUUGGGGGAAGUGGAAGUGGAAGCGGUGGUGGAGGGGUGGCGAAGUACAAAGGGACGCAGAUGAGAGAGAAGAAGCUGGCGGAGAUGAUAGCAAAGAAAGUGGAGGAGGCGAAAGAGGUGUGCGAGGGAGAUGAGAGAUCGGAUGAGUGCAAGGUAGCGUGGGACGAGGUGGAGGAGGUGAGCCAGGCCAAGGCUGACCUCCGCCUCAAGCUUCUGGAGAAACAAGAUCCCCUCGAAUUCUUCUGCCAGGACAACCCUGAAACCGACGAAUGCCGUAUCUAUGACGAUUGACCACUUCCCCACUGCUGUGCUCACAGUGAUAACCACGAUACUUCUCUCUCUCUCUCUCUCUCUCGUGUAAUCUUAUCUUUAUCUUAUCAUCCUCAUCAUCUAUCCAUCCCUUACCUUUUUACUUACUGCCUGCCUCUAUGUAUGUAUUUAUCUGUGUAUGCAGUAAAAACUUACUGUGUAUGAUGUGUUGAUGUGGAAUUCUGAGGUCAUGUUUUCGUAGUA